AACAGCUCCUCCUCCUCCAGAGCAACAAAUGGGAGAAAUUAUAAAAAAAGAGGAUGACGUCACGCCGUGGGACUCAAAAUAACAUCCAAGGGAACAAGUUGGAACACGAUCCUAUUCUGCUAAACUCAGUUUAUUUGAGAGAUUACUUGUGAAAUGAGAUUCAUAGCCUCUCAGUGCGCGUUGUCAAUCCUGAUCCUGACCGGAAGGAUGAAGGACCUCAUGUUCCCGGAUCUGUCUGCCUCUUGGUGAAUUUUGGCCUCACCAUCAAGCAGAAGUUCUCCUUCUUCUCUCUCCCUCUGGUUUCCCUGUUUGAGGGUUUGGAGCCUGCGGGUCAUUGGCCACAUCAGGAACCAGCAGCCGCCUCCUCCUGACACAAAAACAGCGCGCGCCAUUCGCGCCGGCACCUCGACGGGACGCGCGUCAGACUCUCCUCAGGAGCUGAAACUUCUCCCAACGAGCGCCGGACGCGUCUGGAGGUCUGGGAUGCGUUCGGGGACCUCGUGGAUUACAAAAGGAACUCGUUCCUGCCAUUAAAUAUUUAUACAGCUCCCUUAAAGCGGCGGGGAUGCACGAGAGACGACGCAACAGCGAGGCUCGCCCGCUCUGAACCGGAGGAGUCACCGGCAGAUGAUGUCCCGGUGUGAGCGCGUUUCCAGAGGAGACGAAGGAGAGGACGAGGGAGGAUGAAGAAGCGCGGAGAGGGCUCGAGAGCGGCAGAGGUGGGAUAUAAUGAAGUUGAGUGGGAGCGGAGUGUGCACCGUGUGCUCCAGCACCCUCCUCUUCGUGUGCGCCCUGAGCGAAGUUGUGGUUGGAUUACGAUGCGUCUCGCUGGGAUCCACGGUGAAGGCGCAGUUCCACCUCGGCGCCGCGGCCGGGGCGUUCUACUCCGGGCUACUUGUGGGAGUCGGCCAGGUCCUUCUGGGCUCCGCGCUCAUCUGCUGCACGGAGAAACCGGGUUGCAGGAAUUUCUUUCUCCUGGGUGUUGUUGUCUUCUUGCUGGGAGUCCUCACCGCCUUCUCCGGCGCCGUUGUGGACGGGGACACGGCUUCUCUAGUGGACAGGAAGUUCUCCCACUACUGCUUCCACAUUGUGAACCCUUCUUGCGAGCAGCUGAGGGAGUACCAGCGGAGUCUGGUCAUCUCCACUGUUCUCAGCACCUUGGAGUGUCUCCUAGGUCUCAUCACCCUAGUGGCUAUCAAACGGUACAAGGCGGCGCAGUUCUCCCGGAGCAGACCGAGCCAGCGGCGGAGCGCCGGGGCCAUCGUCUUCAGUGAGGAGCAGGACUGCUCCUCCUCCGGGUUCCAGCCCGUCUCCUACAUCAACCUGGGGGUUUUUAACGUGCUGGAUGAAACAGGGGCCGAGGUGCAGCGUGGAGGACACCCGUCCAUCGAGCUGCCGGGAUACUCCCCCUCAGACUCGAAUCUCAAUCACUGCUUCCCCUUCUCCUACCCCAUUCCCAGCGAGCUGCCGCCCGCUUACGAGGACAUCUUCCCCGCAGAGACAAGCAACACAUAGCCGCUGGAGCGCGUCCCUCCGCUGAGACAAUCACUGACUUUGUCCCUGCUCCUCUUCUUCACCCCACAACCAGUAAGUUCCACCCAGGAGGACAGCAGAGGGGGUCCCCUCUCUCAUUAUGGAUCAGAGCAGGUAGAGGAACCAGUCCCAGCCUGCAGGCCCAUUAACAGCUCGUCACAAAACCAGCUUGUGUUGGGAUGGAUGCUGUUUUUAUCUGUUAAUAAAAUAUAUAUUUAACCUCAUCUGAAGCCACACAGCUGCUGAAUGAUUUCUGUUCAGACUCUGUCUAAAAAUAAAAUCAGCUUUUAUUUAAAAAAAAACAGAUAAAAACAUGAACACAUUAGUUUAUUUGGUCAAAUAACCAUGAGUUACAAAUGUACUCCUCAGUGGAUCUCUAGUUUAAGGUUUGAUAUUUACCCAGAACUCCAGCAGAUGAUGAUGAUGAUGAUGAAGGUGGUGAAGGUGAUUUUGCAGACGGGAAAGUCUAAGGUCCGAAUUUAAAAUCAAAACCAGAGCUGCUUCACAUUUUUGUUGUUUAAAUUGAUUUAAACUGAUCACACACACACACACACACACACACACACACACACACACACACACACACACACACACACACACACACACACACACACACACACACACACACCAUAAAAGCCUUUCAGCCUCACCGUCAGCAUUUCUCUUAUAGAGCAAAGACGAUGAAUCCGUUUGUUUGUUGUUGUUGUUGUUAUUGUCUUGCAGACAUGGCCUUCCCUUUUCUCAGAUGAAGGCUUUAUAAAUGAGCAUCCGAGCUCCACGUUCAUCUAGAAGCACUUUCUGAUGAAUAAACCUUUAAAGGUCAUGUGACCACCCUCAGAUAUUGGAGAAAGGAUCAGGAGAAAGAACCAACCAAAGCUCUUUAGGUUCAACGUAGACUAAGAAAUCAGAUCAGCAACUGAGAUGUUGUAGUUUUUUCCAUAAAUUGUCUGUUUUUGUCAUAAAACUUACUUUACUUUUCAUGAAUCCUUUGACUUUCUUAACUGCUGCUUCCUGAAAACACAUUGUCAGGCCGGGAGCUGGGUUUGCUGAAACAGUCUGACGUUCAGUUAAAGAUCAUCUGGCUCUGCCUGAACGCUCCUGAAUGAAACCUUUGGGAGGCUGAAUGUGUCGUAAAUAAAACCAAGAACUCUGGAUGAA